AUGAAGCUUGCUGAAGCAUUAAGACUCCGUAGUGAUUACGGCCAAAGACUUGAUGAUCUUCACAGGCGAAUCGAGAGAAAUGUGAUUGUACAAGAAGGAGACGAACCCCAAGAAGAUCCUUCAAAGCUAACAGAGGAAUACGAAGAAAUUUGUUCGCAGCUCGUCAAAUUGGUAACGUCAAUUAAUUUGAUCAACGCAGAAGUGAAGAUCAAAUAUGCCAUACGAGGACGAGCUAACGAACAAGAAUUGACCAUGACCCAGGCAUUGGCAGAGCGAGAUAUACUAAAGAAGAAAAUACAAAUGUAUAGGUCCACUGUCGACGGAGCGAGAUUGGACCAAAAGUUCAGUUACUUCAAGCUGGAAAUCAAGUUCCGAGCUGUGGUGGAAAUACCGCCUCUUCAAAAGACGAUCGAUGAACUUUCAGCCAAUUUGAGAGGCCUCGAUGUCAAGAUUCAAGAGGCAAAUUGGAUAGAGGAGUAUACCGAAAGGGUAUGA